AUGAAUUUAUUUUUCUAACUAAAGUAGUCUGUGAAACUAACACCAUAUCAUGUUUUCGAAUUUUGUAUAUUCAGUAUUUCAAUCCAUCAAUUUAAUUACAUGCAAAAUAUCAAUCUAAUUCAAAUAUAAACACAAAUUCCCAGAUCUAUUGCAAUUGAAUAUAGUAUAUUUAUUCUGCUGGACCCUAUUUGUAUACUCCUCGUAGAUUUUAAAUUUCACAAAAAAUUAUAGAUUAAGUAUUACUAUUUAUUUUAAGGUCUUUUCAAUAACAUCUAAUUGAUAAUUUUGGGUUAGGAAUAAAAAUAUUAGUCAUUUUAGUAAUCUUUAAAAAUUACACUUAAAAUUUUAUUUUAUUUUCUGUUUUAUUUUUGAUCAAUAAUGUCUUACAACGUGAAUCCUUUGGCUGGAACUGCUCAUUUGCUUGAUGAAUUGGACAAGAAACUUAUGGUGCUGCUACGUGAUGGAAGGACACUUAUUGGGUACCUGCGCUGUGUCGACCAAUUUGCAAAUUUAGUCUUACACAAGACAAUUGAGAGAAUACAUGUGGGUAAAGAGUAUGGAGAUAUACCAAGAGGCAUAUUUAUUGUGAGAGGUGAAAAUGUUGUCCUUCUAGGUGAAAUUGAUAAAGAUAAAGAAGAUAAUUUACCUUUAACCGAAGUGUCUGUGGAUGAUAUUCUAGAUGCACAGAGAAGAGAACAAGAUGCUAAAAUUGACCAACAGAAAUUACUGUCUAAAGCAUUGAAAGAGAGAGGUCUUAACUUAUUGGCUGAUUUAGGGCAUGAUGAUAUGUUUUAAUUAGAUAUCACUAUUACAAGUGAAAAUCCAGACAGACCACUGACUUCU